AUGGCUUCCAUAGCCCCAGCAGCCAAGCUGGCCGUCCUCAUCGACGCAGACAACGCCAGCGCCGCCAUGAUAACCUUUGUCCUCGCCGAGUUCGCAAAAUACGGCACCACCUUCGUCAAGCGCGCGUACGGCGACUGGACCAGCAAUCAAUUAAACGGCUGGAAACCCCAACUCCUCCACAACUCCAUCCAUCCUAUGCAACAGUUUGCAUAUACCUACGGAAAGAACGCCACAGACUCAGCUAUGAUCAUUGACGCUAUGGAUCUGCUAUACUCGAACAAAUUUGACGGUUUCUGCAUCGUGUCGAGCGACAGCGACUUUACGCGUCUUGCGUCGAGGAUCAGAGAGUCGGGAUUGGUGGUUUAUGGGUGUGGAGAGCGGAAGACGCCUAAACCUUUUGUCACGGCGUGUGAUAAGUUCAUUUACGUUGAGAAUCUUGUGCCGAGAUCUGGGACUCGGUCGAUUACGGCUGGUGUUGCAGGACCAUCAACUGCUAACCCACUCAAUGGGGGGCCUCCGCGCGGCCAUGCUCCAACCUCCGCAUUUACCAAGGGUAAGGGUCCUUUGAUGGAACCGCCUGCGCCUGCAAGAGGCUUGCUUCCUGAGCAACCGUCUCCAUCAAAUCGUGGACAAAUCGCGCGUCUUCCUGAAAGGGUCGAUUUCCAGAAGGAUCACACUGAACAGCGGGCGAAGUCCAAUGGUGAAUCGUCGGCGGGACCAGCUUGGAAUAGCACAACAAGCGGCAAGCGAAAGAGGCUCGAUUCCGAAUCCGACAGUCCCGCACGAACCAAACCUCGAGUAUCAUCCCCAGAACCAGGUGACUUGGAAACGGAACAGCGACCCGUGGAUGAUCAAGUCAUAGAAUGGCUUCGCGAAGCAGUUGAGGCGAAAACCGAUGAAGACGGCUGGGCUGGUCUUGCGGCUAUUGGAAUGCUCAUGAACAGAUGGCAUCCUGACUUUGAUGUUCGCACGUAUGGAUUCAAGAAGUUGCAUGAGCUUAUGGCCUGGACCGGAUUGUUUGAGUUUAUGGAUCAGCGCCCAGGGGAGGGGAAAUCGGUUGUCAAGUAUGCGAGGUAUCUUUAUUGA